AUGUCGUCAAAAAAUACCAGCGAGAAGGUUUUGGAGAUCGAUGCACACGUCAGCAAACAUUAUGACAUCGUUCGACGUCUCGGCAAGGGGGCUUACGGCAUCGUAUGGAAGGCGAUAGACAAGAAAAACAAGGAAACGGUAGCGGUGAAGAAGAUCUUCGACGCCUUCAGAAACCAGACGGAUGCGCAGCGCACAUUCCGUGAGAUAAUGUUCCUACUAUCGUUCGCCAAUCACGACAACAUCAUACGACUGAUCGGUCUUCACAAGGCGAACAACGAUCGGGACAUUUAUCUCGUGUUCGAGUACAUGGAAACCGAUCUCCACAACGUGAUUAAGAAGGGCAAGAUCCUGAAGGACCUCCACAAGGUGUUCAUCAUGUAUCAGCUGUUUAAGGCGAUCAAAUACAUUCAUUCGGGGAACGUGAUACACAGAGACUUGAAGCCAUCAAACGUUCUACUAAAUGCUCACUGUCACUGCAAAAUCGCUGAUUUUGGAUUGGCACGAUCGGUCACUCAAAUAGGGGAAGGAGAUGGUGAAACCGCCAGUGAUCCAACGCUUACAGAUUACGUGGCAACUCGCUGGUACCGGGCACCGGAGAUACUCGUUGCUUCAAAAAGGUACACGAAGGGUAUCGAUAUGUGGUCGUUGGGAUGUAUUCUUGGCGAAAUGCUUCUUGGAAAACCAUUGUUUCCUGGUUCAUCGACGAUAAAUCAGGUGGAGAGAAUAAUGGCCACUCUCCCGCCACCUACCAGGGAAGAUCUGGUUUCGGUCAGCGCCGGAUACGGUACUAAUUUGUUAGAGAAGACACCAAAUGCACCAAGACGUUCAUUGAAGGAUUUACUACCAGAGGUGCCGGAAAAGGCAUUGGAUCUCAUUAGCAAUCUGAUAGUCUUCAAUCCAAAUCACAGACUGACAGCCGUGGAGGCUUUGGAGCACCCUUAUGUGGCCGAUUUUCAUAGAAGAAGCAACGAACCAGAAAGAGGCUCGAACGUGGUACCGCUACUUAGAGACGAUGUACAGCUCUCUGUCGACGAAUACAGGAAUAAGCUUUAUUCGAUGAUGGAUGAAAAACAUCGCAAACAUAAGAAUAUGUCUAAGUCCAGAAUCAGACGAUUAUCGGAGCACAUCAGGAAGGAAACAGUUAGUAGUAGUAGUAACCCAGUCAUUGGUCAAGGUGACGCGACUGUUCGUAAAAAUCUUACACACUCGUAUCAAGAUUUACGUAAGGAGAGAGGUAGGAGCGACACGUACGAACCUUCCUAUUUAGAAGUGCGUACGCAACUACCAAGUAGAAAGGCAACACGGCAUUCGCAAAUUGAUAGUGGUGAAAGAAUUACGAAAACGAGAUCGAUAUGUGUGUCUGUCGAGUCGCAGACGCAAAACACAAAGAAUGUUCGACCAACUGCUAAAAGCGUAGCAACCCAAUACACACACAAUUUUGUAAAUGGUAGUUUGAAUAACUUGACUCCAAGCACGACCAAAAGUUGCUUAUAUCUCAAUCAACAACACCGACAAUUAUCCAAAUCUCAGCGUUCUAUACAAUCGGACCAACCAAUGGUGUGUGCACCUGGAAGAAGACCAAAUCAAAUAGUAACUGGUAACCGUGACAAACUGCGAAGAAAUUGCAAACAGAUUCGUACGACGAGCCGACCCACGUCAGAUGCGAAUUGGCGGGAAGAAGAUCGGCAGAAGACUACGUUCGAUCACGACAAUCUUAAGACGCUUCAGACGAAAUACUUCGCGAGAACGCCCGAUAACGCGACUUCUUAUUACCUUAGAUCCAGCAGCAGUAAUAACAAGAAUGCCAGUAGCUCCGAAUCUUUGUACAAUUCGUGUUAUCCCACCGUGAAGAAUCUAGCUAUCCGAAACUAUCUGAAUCAAACGGUACCAUUACGAGUGGAAGAGCAAUCCCCGUCGCGCCCCUGUCGAACAAAAACCAAUACGGAUUAUCGGAUCCUUCGAAGUAACGCUAACAAUAUCGAGAAACUGCAUCAGUCUACUAAUUAUCUUACGAGUGGUAACAAUCGAUCGAGGAACGCGGCUCCGAAUGGGUGCCACGUCGUAGGGACACAGUUGAAACAUGUCGCCGAUGGAAGUACGAAUAAUGAAAAGAAGAAGAACUCGCCUUUUUUAGAUAAUUAUAGCCAAAGUCACGGUAUAAUAACCGCAUCUAUGUACAAAGAUCUACGAAAUGGGACUAUAAGAUGGUAAAAUAUUGCCGGUAGCAGCUUCCGAAAAAAAGAACACUCGCAAUUCGCCAAUAUUUAUAGCAGAUAUUUUUGUAUAAUCUCCCCCCCCCCUCGUAAAUAGUUUUUUUGAAUAUUUUUUUCGAUCUAGCUAAAUCGAAGUAAAAUUUAUCCAUUCUUGGAAUCAUAUCAAAGACUUGUGAAUUUUUUCACGAAAUAACGAAUAAAAUAAAUAUCAAAGAAAAGAGUUAAACGCAAGAAAUUGAAAAUGAAAGUUGGUACUGAAGCGUUCUUCUUUUCAGAAGCUACAAUCCCUGUAUAGGCAAAUUAACGUUCCUACGUAAAUUUUUACGAGAAGCUAAUGAAAACAUAAAAGUAAAACAACCUAUCUCACAAUGGAUAAUUUGAGUUCUUACGAGAACAAACUGCCGGAGCCUCGAUACAAACGAAGCCAUCAUAAAUGCAAUCAUAAAUAGCAAAGAAAUAAUCAUCUUGAGGCAAACGAUACUUUAAGUUCUUAGGUAAGAAGAAUCUUGCGAUAUAUGAUCAUUUUAUAGUUCUAAGAUAAAAAAUCGGAUGAACGUAUCCAAUUUAUUCAAUUCGAAAUAUUAAUUCAACGUAAAAUUGCAUUUAAUAAUAAAAGGAGUGAGUACAGUCACCCUCUAGAGAUUUUAUGAUUCUCGAGUUGGAAUUUAAAGAAUAAUCAAGAAUUUAUUAUUGAACAAAUAUAUAAGUACGUAGUACAUAAAGCCAAUUGUUGGGGCCAAAAUGGUGUAGUGAUAUCAUUUUUCAUGAUAUCAGCACUUGCCCCCUGCGAAAGGUGAGCAUACUAUCCUUUCUUCUUCGCGUCCAACGUUUAUUCCUUUGUAAUAUACUUUUUUGUGAUACUUUUAUGCGGCUAUGUGAUAAUGUCCAAUUCGUAUGUAUUACCUGUCGUGGAAUAAAUUUUUAUUAAAGCAA